AUGUCUUCCAUCGUCAACAAGAUCAAGGACGCUGUCCAGGACAAGACCCACAGCGGCAGCAGCAACGAGACCGGCAGCGGCAACAACUACGGCGGCAACAACACGGGCGACAACACCUACGACUCCUCCAACCCGCGCUCCCAGCAGGCUGGUACCGGCCGCACGACCCGCAGCUCCGGCGCUGCCGGCGGCUACGGCGAUGAUUCGUACGGCGCCGGUGCCGGUGCCGCUGGUGCCGGUGCUGGCGUUGCUGGUGUUGGCGCCGGCGCCGUCGGUGGCCGCACUGCAGGCGGCAACGACCUGAGCAGCUCUGGCGUCGGCGGCAGCGACCCCACCUACGGCUCUACCGGCGCUGGCGGCGCUGGCCGCACGGCCGGCGGCGUCUCCGGCGGUGAUCCCACCUACGGCUCGACUGGUUCUGGCGGCGCUGGCCGCACGGCCGGUGGUGUCUCUGGCGGUGAUCCCACCUACGGCUCGACUGGCACGGCCGGCCGCACGGCCGGCGGUGAUGAGUUCGGCACCAUUGGCGGCCAGAGCGGCGGCGCUGCGGGCGCCACCCGCAACCUCGAGGGCACCGGCCGCGGCGGCUACACCGGCGGCGACACGGGCCUCUACGAGGGCAGCAACACGAGCGGCCUCGGCAGCGGUGCGGGCCAGAACCUGCGGCAGCAGGGCGGCGCCGCCGCCCAGAACCUGCAGGGCGCCGGCCGUGGCGGCUACACCGGCGGCGAUACCGGCUUCUCCGGCGGCAACUUCUCUGCGGGUGCAACACGCGACCCUACAGAUGCAGCCCAAGUGCCGCCAUCUGUGCUCGCCAAGCGCCUCGGCGACCCGGUCGCGCACCACGGUGACGAGGGCCACGACCGCGUGCGCCGAAACAGCGCAGCAACGCACCAGGAGUCGUUCCGGGGAAUUUAA